GGAGCAUCCUCCAGGCAUCAUGGCUUUGUUAACUGAUGCUGAUAAGAAGAAUAUCCAACACAUCUGGGCAAAGUUAUUUGAGAAUCCAGAAGAGAAUGGCAAAACAAUUGUGAUCAGACUCUUCACAGAUUAUCCUGAGACAAAAGCAUACUUCAAGACCAUCCCGACUGAAGGCAACCUGCAGGAGGAUCCGCUGGUGCGUUUCCAUGGCCGGAGAGUCAUGGUUGCCCUCAACCAGGUGACUGAAAACCUGGACAAUUGGAAGCAGGCCUGCAGGAUUCUGGACCGUCUAGCAGUCAAGCACAAGAAUGUGCACCAAGUGCCAUCAGUGAAUUUCCAGAGCAUGUUUCAGGUGAUCCUGAAUGUCUGCAAAGAACUCCUGGGAAAUGAAUUCAGCACCGAGGUGUCCCUCUCCUGGGUGAAGCUCUUCAGUCUGCUCUCUGAACAAAUAAAUGCAUCUUACAUGAGCACUUCCAAGUCCUGAAGUGACCACAGUCACUCUAUAGCUAUUGAAGAGAGGAGACUGGUUCUGUUCAUGUUGUUAUAUAUAUAUAGUUCUAGAUCUGAUGGAAUAAAGGGAGACUCAGCAACAUUUUUCUUGAUCAGUGUUUGAUUUCAGAACACAGGAAUUGCUAGACUGCAUCAGACACAGAUCCAUCUAGUCAGGGUCAUGUCUGACAGAGGAAGAAAGGGUGGAAGAGCCCUACAGUAGGCAGAUGUGGGAUAAUCUGCCCUCCACAUUCAUAUAUUCCAAGGCCAGAAGCAAUCCCAGGGAAGAUCCUUUAGAAAAACAUCCAGACUUGAUUUAAAAAUUGUCAGCGAUGGAGAAUCCUCAAUGACCCUUAGUAAGUUGUUCCAAUGGUUAAUUACUUUCACCAUUAAAAAUGUAUACCUUAUUUCCUGUCUGAAUUUGUCACUGGUCACCUGUCCAUAGUGUGAUUGUGUGGUAUGUAGCACACACUAACACCCCAUCUUGUGCUUUACCUGCUUCCCACAGAGAUUCUCAAACUGU